AUGCAGAAUUUAUUCCAGCUGAUUAUAUCCUUCGGUGUUAUUUACUCAGCAAAAUUGACAGUAUACUCGGAAGAUGAUGUUCAGACAGCUAUCCUUUUCGUUAUACAAGUUAUUUAUUUCAGUGCUGGAUCAGAACAGCUCGGGUCAAAAUCUUGUCCAAAUCAACCUCUACGGAGGACGAACAGAGUCAAAAUAGCAGUUGCUCUGCUAAUUUUCAAUAGAUGGCGUACGAAGAAAUCUCUCGGAGUUGGAACAAAGCUGAGCACAAGAUAUCAACUUGUUGAGAACAUUCGUGUUCUAAAAAUUCUGCUGCCCGUCAGUACAACAUCGUUUACAUUUAAUUCAAAAUUGUUGUUCCAUAGUCAAUGCACAUCACCUGGUAAAGAUAAGAAAAGAGAUGGUAUGUGA